AUGACCCGACUUUCCAUUAACUGCGGCUCGGCCGCCACUUCUGCGGCGCUCAACGGCAGAGAGUGGAUCGGAGAUAUACGACCAAAGGGAUCAUCGCUGCUACAGAUAAAGGGUUCAUCAACCACCUCAACUGUCACACAUAGCUCCAUCUCUGCUGAUCAAGCUCCCCACAAGACGGCGAGAAUCUCUGCUUCUCAAUUCUCCUACGCAUUUCGAGUUAGCCCAGGUCUCACUUGGAAGCAACGCCUGGAUAUCUGCAUAGGCACUGCGCGAGGCCUAGACUAUCUCCACACCGGCAAUGGACUCAUUCAUCGCGAUGUCAAAGCUUCAAACAUACUCAUGGAUGAGAAUCUCGUGCCCAAGGUCUCGGAUUUUGGGUUAGCGAAGCCGGAAGAUCGAAGCAAGUUACAGAGCCAUGUAAGCACCAAAGUUAAGGGAACGUAUGGAUACUUGGACCCAUAUUAUUACAGUAGCCGCAAGUUAACAAGGAAGAGCGACGCAUACGCCUUUGGUGUGGUGUUGCUGGAAGUAUUGUGUGAGAGACGACCAAUGGAUCCGCGGUUUGAAGAGGAGUACUGCCUCACCAGGUGGGCUGGAAACAAGAUUAGUGAGGGAGAGGUUAAUCAGAUUGUAGCUUCGAGUCUGUUGGAUGAAAUCCUACCAGAUAGCCUGAAAGUAUAUGUUGAGGUUGCUGAAAGAUGUUUGCAUGAUGAACCCAAGAAAAGGCCAACAAUGGCUCAAAUUUUGGUGCAGCUCGAGUUUGUGCUUCAGCAUCAUGAGAAUGGGAGGAUUGCAGAGCCAAAUCACGUCGACAUGUUUCCAUCAAAUGAUAUGGUGUCACCUGCAAACACCGAGCAAUCAACAGAAGCCUCUUCUCCUACAAAACAAACUAAUUCAAAUUAUUUUCCAGCUAGACAAGAUGAAUGGAGGGAAACAACACAUUAUAAGGCACGUUUUCGGGCAUUAGAUACAUUAUGGAACAGGUUAAAACCAUCUAAGAGAAAAGAACUCAGCUUAUCAUCAGGUAUAUGUUCAUUCUCCAACUUAUUAUCAAUAUACUGAGUUGUGUAUUCCAAUGGUGCAUUUAUUUUUGAUGGAU